AUACACAGUGGCUUAUUUCAUCUAUCAAUUCAUCAAAAACACCAACAUAAGUAUUUAAAACCUGCAUCCAUAUAUGUAAUGACACGCGUACCCAACUAACUACUGAUAGAAUACAUCACAUUAUCAUUCAAACCUUUACCUACACAUAUGUUCAUAAAUACAACAUACUCAAGCACUCACACAGAUUAAAACACAGUAAAUACCAACAUCAAAACGGAGCAGUCUACAGGAAAAUAAAAUAUAGUAAAAUACAAUAGUAUCUGGCACGUGGCCCAAUUGGGACGAUAGCCAAAAGGGAAAAAAAAAACCGUUGGCUACACAACAAGAGCAUCAAACGACCAAGUGGGCAAAUCUAGAGCUUCAAAAAUCUAUCUAUGUAGUAAAUACAUUAAAUGCAGUAAUAAGCAACAAGUGGACCAACAAGGACAAUAUUUAAGAAGCAAAUAAAAAAGUGAAUACUAUAUACAUUAUUUAUUAAAUACAAGACUUGGUACUAAGCUAAUAAGUGUCGUAUCAAUUAGUUUGAAGGAGUACAAGACAUAUUAGCUUUGACUAGAUCAACAGUAGAUAUAUACUUGAAAAAAAUAAAUAAGUGAUUAAUUAUUCACCAGUGCAAUUAAUUGUUUUAAUUUCGAUAAAAUUUAAAACAACUAUAACAAAAUGCAAAAAGGUUAUACAUUAGUACAAAGAAAUACUAUCACCUACGAAUGGAAAAUCCAAGAAAUGAGUUUGUUUAUUGAAGCUUCCAAUACUUCUGACACAGAGAUUAAAAUACAAUCACCCAAGUUCUCGACAAAAGCUAAAGUACCAGAUGUUUGGAAUCUGCAGCUAAGGUUUAAUCAUAGAAACUCAGAUCACAAAGAUGAAAUUAGCAUAUUUUUAAAUUCAUUUUUUAACUAUGAAGUGAGGACUGAAUAUUCAUUCUAUAUUCUAAAUAAUGAGAAAAAAAAAGUCAACUAUUUGAAGCUAAUUCAAAAAUUCAAAUUCCAAGACGGCUGGGGUGUGCCAUUUAUAAAGAAACAAGGUUUAUUAGCAAAAAAAAAUGAAUUGUUGCCAGAUGAUAUAUUAACAAUAGGUAUAGAGCUUACGGUCUUUGAUGAUCCUGUUGAGGUUUCUGCCACUGUACCAAUUAAUGAAUCGAAGGCAACAAUGGCUCGUGACUAUGAAGAGUUGUAUAAAAGUAAAAUGGGAUUUGAUAUUGAGUUAAUUGUAGAAGAAGAAAAAUUUCAGGCGCACAAAUUGGUUUUGAUGGCACGCAGUUCUGUGUUUCGAGCGAUGCUGACCACCGAUAUGAGAGAAAAUAGAGAAAAAACGGUCACUAUAAAAGAUAUGAAGUCUGAAGUAUUCAAGAAGACGCUAGAAUUCAUUUACACUGAUAAAGUCGAUGACUUAGAUAGUUUUGCAGAACAAUUGCUUGAAGCUGCAGAUAGAUUUCACAUUCCCACGCUCAAAGAAGUAUGUGUAGAAUCACUUUGUGAAUCUGUGACUAUUAACAAUGCCUGCAGAUUACUUGUUGUAGCUCACCUGCAUAAUGCAACAGAAAUGGUGGAGUAUAUUUCAAAGUUUAUUGCAAUUCAUGCAAUCCAUGUGGUAAAAACAGAAGACUACAUGACGAUGAAAGUAUUGCAUCCGUCCUUGGGAUUUAAUUUAUUUGAUGGACUUGUCACUUCUCCUGACAGUAAAUAAUUCAUAACUUUUUUAAAUUUUUAUUUCAAAAUUCAAGCAUGAAGAAGGAAAAUUUGUUACAAGAAAAAUAGCUUGAAAAUUAUAAAUAUUGUGAGUUAAUGAUGACGUAUUUACUUCUAUUAAUUGCACAUUUAUUUUUAUAAUACAUUAUGUGUUGUGGUUUAAUGAAUUCUACUCCAUGUUAAGUGUAUACCUACAUAUCAUUCGAUUCGAAUUGUUUUAAAUGUAAUCAGGUUUAAAAUUAAAUUCAUUUGUGUACAUAAUAAUUACUAGGGAACAAAGUCGUAACUUAAAUUAUAAUUUAUAAUCUAACUAUUAAUUUUUCGUUAAUCAAAACAUCAAAGUUAAUUCAUCAAACAAUUGUGAUAGAAGUAAUA